CAGAGCCAGCAGAGCCAGCAGAACAAGCGGGAGACGAAGACGAAGACGAAGACGAAGGAUAAAGACAUCGAGAGAGACCGCGAGACACAAGGACCAGACGACCAGACGACCAGCAGGCGAUGUCGACUCGCUGAGAUGCGACUAUCCGCGCCGUCCCGCUUCACCACCUCCGUCCGGCCCAGGUCGACCCAGCCCAAGUCCAAGGCUGCCGCCUCCACAACCACAACCACAACCACUACAACUACAACUACAACUACGCCUACAACGACGCCAUCGCCCACACCCACGCCGACUCCAACACUGUCGAGAUCGAGCUCACGACCGCGAGAGCAGCUGUCUCACUACCGCCUCCUCUUCAACAAUGUCCGCCCGCAGCUGACUGACGACCAGUUCGCAAAGAUGAGACACCAGGAGCCCGUUCAGCUGCCCUUCGACACCGCCGGCAAUGGGCCCGUUGGUAUCCCAGACGGCCCUCCUGGCGCCGGCGAGGGCAGCGAUGGCACCGGCAGAGGCAUCCUGAUCGGCCUGCUGUCAGCCUUUGGCUCGGCCGGAGUCGCCCUGCUGGUGCUCGCCCUCUUCUUCUUCAGAUACACCCAGCGAGGCCGCAUCCUGCUCGACCGCAUCGGCCGGCCGGGCGAGUACGACGACGAGCAGGAGUUCGCCCGCGAAGAGGCAGAGGCCCUCGAGUCCAUGGACGAGCUGCAGGCUGCCGAGUACUUCAGAGCAAAAGCCUUCGUUCAGGCAAACCCGCCAGAGACAAUGCAGACCGAUAUAUCGCUCUCCCAGUUCCUUGCGAUCCAGGAAAAGGGCGUGUCGGCAUGGGAGUUUGAGCCGGAGCUUGAGAUUGCCAACUGCUUUGUCGAGGGACGCACCGAGAUCGAGUUCUUCGACUCCGAGUGUGGCGUCCAGAGCAACCUGCCUGUCCCGAAGCAGAAUGACGUUUACUACUGGGAGGCGAAGAUUUACGACAAACCGGAGACCACGCUCAUCAGCAUCGGCAUGACUACCAAGCCCUAUCCGCUUUUUAGACUGCCCGGUUACGUUUUUUUUUUUUUUUCCUUUCUUUCGUUUGCAUCCAGUUUGCUCCGUACACUAAUGCUAAUGGGGGUAUCGGGGUUAGGCUUCCACAAGUCAUCGGUUGCGUAUCAAUCUACCGGCCAUAGGAGACACAACCAGCCCUUCAAUCCAACGCCCUACGCACCGCCGUAUGUCCAGGGUGACGUUGUAGGCGUGGGCUACCGACCUCGCAGCGGAACCAUCUUCUUCACUCGCAACGGCAAGAAACUCGACGAUGUAGCCCACGGCCUUCGGUCGCAGAACUUCUUCCCUACUGUUGGUGCCAACGGGCCGGCUACCGUGCACGUCAACUUCGGCCAGAUGGGCUUCGUCUUCAUCGAGGCCAACGUCAAGAAAUGGGGUCUUGCGCCCAUGACCGGAAGCCUGGCUCCUCCGCCACCAUACGGCAGCGAGCAGGGAAGCAUUCUUCUCGAGGCCGGAGGCGAGAGCUCAAUCGCGGCCCAGGAAGCUGCCGGUCACAGCCAUCAUCUCCACGGUCACCAGAUGCACGGUUCUACCACUGCACCUGUACAGCAAUGGUGGCAUCCAGAGUACAUCCAACACCACGCCCAACAUGCUCAUCAGGUACUGCAGCACCAGCGUCAACAGCAGCAGCAGCAACAACAGCAGCAACAGCAGCAACAGUCGCAAACGCAUGCACGAACCCGCAGUGGGACGGUACGAGGACACAGUCUGCAUCCAUCCGCUCAGGCGCCGUCUGCACCCGUCCGGACACCAACAGACAUCUCCCUAGGUCCCUUGCCUCAUAUAGCCUCGCCAUCAGCCUCCUCGACUGCUGGGGCUGCAGCUGCUUCACCCUCGACCGUCACUUCAGACGCCCCCGCUGGUUCCGAGACGUCUGAGGCCACGACCGUUGUUCUGGUAGGCAAUAAUGGCAACAACAGCAACAGCAACAACAACAGCUACAGCGCCAGCAACAACCGUCCUCCGCUCGAUGACGUUCCUCCACCAGAAUACCGUAGCCCAGGUCACUCGCCGCCGUGCGGCCAGGCCGGAGGUCCCCCAGGCGAGGUCCCGCCUAUACCAAGCUACGAUGCAGCAGUUCGUCAGUCCAGGGAACGAGACGGCCCACGAGAUCAAAACGACUCUUGA